AUGAAAUUUACGCACAUUAUUAUACUUUCUCUUCUCCUCUUGGCUGUUUUUACUGUUGCCAAGCGAAUACCAUCUCACGAAGUUCUGCCUACACCAGUUCUUGUCCAUGCGGUCAAAAACAACCCCAAUAAAUACAUUGUAGAAAAUAUAUGGUAUGGUAACGGAUACGAGGAUGAUGAUAAAGUUACAGCAAUACUUAAAUGCGAGUCACCUGUAGUUGUUAACGCUACUAGUCAGCCCACAGUAUUCGGUACUCGUAGAGUUUUCUUCGAGCUGACCGUUCCUGACGGCGUAGGCACGGUGGUUUGUAGGAGAGGAAUAUUUGAUAUCGACUCUUUCCGGUUCUGGGUUAUUAGUUUCGAACCUACGAAAUAA